AUGUUUGAGAUUCCGAACAUGAGUCUGGACACAGCACGAGACGAACUCGGCGAUGGUUUCGCACGCAGGAUCGACGUCGACUUCAAGCAUUCCAAAUGCAUCUGGUGCAAAGCAGGCGGAACUAAAACGAAGAAGAAAAACCAUUCCCUAAUGGACUGCCCUACCACAAAACCUGCGGAGAACGACCAAACUUCGCUCUCAAAUGAGAUCUUUAAUGCUGGUAAGGAAGAUGCUGCAAUUGCAUAUAUUCAUCAAAAACAGCUUUCUGUGUAUCCUCGAGAUGACAAUGCGACGACUUUCUCGACUGGAUUCUCACGGCCACAUGUGUCAAAUUACACUGUUCCUAUUAAAAUUGCACCCGCUCCUCGUUCGGCUCCUUCUGGUCUUUCGUUCACUCCCAUCAUCCCUGUCCCGAGCUCUCAAACACCUGCUAGUUCCGCAUCUCAGGGCGUAUCAUCUAGUAUCCCAUCUACGUCCAUCGAUCAAAGCUCUUCCGGCUUUGUCAGUUCGUCCGUUGUGCCUACUACUGGUUCUACACCUGCAGCGACUGCCCCGAUUUCAGUCAUAAAAAACCACACUCUCCCGAACAUGUUGUCAGAUCAACCUCAUACAGAAGUUGCCCCCCAGUCUUCUGCUUUUGGGUUGAAUGCUGUUGCUUCUGUCGCUUCUGCUGUGCCAAUUACCAAUCUUCAGGACGCUCAUGUGGUUGAUUUCGGGGAGCUCUCACGCUACAAUCGAGCUCCUGGCCCAUCCGCUUACGUGAAUGGAAAUUCAGAUCUCGUGAACACUGGGGAAUUGAACGGAAAAUUAGAGAAACUCAAGGAUACCGCCUUACAAUAUCCCAUCAGACAGUCGCUUCGCGAAAGACCAAAGAAAGGAGAGGUGCUUACCAACUACUUCAAAAUUUCUGUUGAUCCACAGACUACUUUCUACGAGUAUCAAGUUCUAGGCAUCCCGGACUCAGAGUCACGGGCUGGCAAGAAGCGCUACAUGGACACCGCCAUCCGAAAUGUGCCCUUUCUUUACAGCAACAGGCAUGUCUUCGCCACUGAUAACGUAAACACCAUCGUAGCCUGGGUCAACUUACACCAGCAUAUACCUGGUGCGCGGGUUCAGUCCGGCGAUCUGAUGACAGAUGUUGGGUCAACAUGGGCACUUCUCGAUAUCGUUGACCGCGAUACGACGGUGCCUCUUGUCUUCCAGUACCUGCGACCAGUAGACAUCUUUGGUCUCCAACAAUACUCCAAUACCACUCAUCCAGACCCAGCUAAUCAUGACUCACACCCUGCGGAAAACGCUCUUAACAUCAUCAUGACCAAGUGUAUUGCGAGUAAUGAUACUUUGCAGCUGAACAAUCACAAGUUCUACGUUCGCAAUGCGUACUUUGACCUCAAGACGAACGAAGGAAAUGCAGUCGCUCCACUUCGUGCCUUGCGCGGUUAUUCAUAUAGGGUUCAUUCCGCCCUGGGAAAUAUCCUUCUGAAUGUCAGCCCCGCUAAUAGUGCCUUCUGGAGACCUUUGUUAGUGAGUCAAAUCUACCAGAAUGGUAGCGGUCCGUUCGGCAAUUCGAAAGAUCAUGUUAAGAGAGCGCUCAGGGGCGUACGCGUGUACAUCGAUUACAGCCGUGAAACCAAGGACAAGAAGUGCAAGCAUCCUAAGUGUAACGACCCAAAUUGCAGCACUGCCAUACCACCAGACAAAUUCAGCGCGAGAACCAGUUCUAAUAUGGACGGACAACAUGCGCGUAUCAAGACCAUUCGUGGUUUUGGUAAGGCAUGUAGCGAGCAAACCUUCUUGUGGGAACACAAGGAUGUCUAUGGCAAUAUCAUCGCGGGCCAAUCAGUUCAACCUACAGUCCAAGAAUACCAGCAGAGACAGUAUGCUCGAGUGUUGCAACAUCCUGGCUUGCCUACGGUUAAUGUUGGUACUGCUGGUAGACCAACAUGGUUCGCCCCUGAACAUCUACGUAUCCUCCCAGAUCAGAUAUAUGCGAAGAUUAUUCCUGACUUUGUUGCAAACGGUCUCCACCGAAACGCAUGCCGAGAACCCCGAGAGAUAAGAUCUCGAAUCGAACAAGAAGGACUCCGACACAUCCCGAUAACUGCAACUGGCCAGCUGAAAAACUGCCAUCCGAUAAGCCUCGAUCCUAGAAUGCUCCAGAUACCAUUCGUUCAGCUCAACCCUGCCACAAUUGUGUACUCGUUGACAGCCGUUACCAAGACCGUUAACGAAAACAAUGGAAGAUGGGAUCUCAAAGAGACCCAAUUCUUCAGAGGCAAUGCCGAAUCUCUGAACUGGCUCUUGAUCACUGGACAAGGUGUCGACGAACAUGGUGAGUCAGUGAGGGCGUUGACCCGUAACUUCGAUCAAAAAGUGAGAGAGACUGGUGUUUCACGAGCCUCUAAAAGGGUUAAGCAGGUACUAUCUUUAACAGAUGACACCGAAUCCACCCUGAGAAUGAAGCUCGAGAAUUAUCUGCGAGAACAUCGAGAAGAUGUACCCGACAUCGUGGUAUUAUUUCUGAAGACGAAGGAUCAGCAUCUCUAUUCCAGCUUCAAGUUUCUUACAGAUAUCGUCUUUAUCUUGCAGUCUAUCUGCGUCACUGAAGAUAAGAUGAGACCAAAGAAUCUCAAUUGGAACAACGACUCUGCCCUCGGACAAUACAUGGCCAAUGUUGCUAUGAAAGCGAAUCUGAAGAUGGCUGGAAUCAAUCACUCAGUGCAAGGCGUAGAAGAGCAGCUGAAAAACACCAUUGUAAUUGGUGCAGACGUCACUCAUCCAGGAAGCGGAGCGUUACAGGGUACGCCUUCGAUCGCGGCUAUUGUCAGCUCUCUAGAGGCCAAUGGCGGAAGGUUUCGCGGCAAUAUGCAGUUGCAAACUGCGAAACAAGAGAUCAUCCCUUGUCUCGGGGACAUGCUGAUUGAAGGUUUAUCGGAGUGGUGUCAACUCCACCAGCGCUUUCCCGAGAAUGUCCUCUAUUAUAGAGACGGUGUGAGCGAUACUCAGUACGACGAAGUUAUCACCAAAGAGCUCUCAACUAUCAAGAACGCGUUCAUCGGAGUUGCCAAACAGUUCAAAAAGCAUGUUCCCGAAUUCAAGACAACUGCGGUCAUCGUCACCAAGCGGCACAACACUCGUUUCUUCCCCCGUCAAAAAGAUGACGAGAUGCGUGGAAACGGCAACUGUAAACCGGGACUUCUUGUGGAAAGCUCCAUAACGUCACCAUACUACACAGACUUCUAUCUUCAAUCCCAUAACGCCAUCAAGGGGACUGCGCGAUCGUCCCACUACUUCGUUCUACAGAAUGAAAUGGGCAUCGAGAUAUCUGAUCUGGAGGACCUUACCCACAACCUAUGCCAUACAUACGUCCGGGCUACCACAGGCGUGUCUUACGCAUCUCCUGCUUAUUAUGCGGAUAGACUUGCGGAGCGGGGUCGCUGCUACUUGCGCGAAUGGUUCAAUCCCAGCAACGCUAAACGCAACGCCUACGAGACUCAUCGCCAGCAGGUCGAAGCUGAUGUAGAAGCUGCACGCAAUCGUCCUCAGCGCACUGGAAAUCGCAAGAAGACGCCAGCAGAGAUACAAGAAGACAAGGCCGAUAGAGAACAGGUUUUGCAGCAAAUGAGAGACUACAUCCGGCCAGUCGUUGAAACUAGAUGGAACACGCCCAUCCAUAACCUCGCUGAGCCAGGCUUCAGACCGAACGCCAAAUCCAAGUAUGACCAUCUGAAGGUCUGA